AUGCAACGCUUUGGUUUUGGACGUAUCCCGUCCUUCAUUCGGCAGGCGUUACCCAAACCAAUUGACACUUUGAGACCAGCACUUAUAGGGUAAUUUAAAAAAACUGCCUACGGUUUCGUUUUGUUAUAUGCACAUAGCUCGGAUAGUGACGCAUCGUGUAGCGGAUUUCCCUUGCAUAAUGGCACAGUUGCUAGUUAACCAAAGAUUUAACGUGUAUUAUGAUAGCUGCGAGUGUUCCUUCAUUUUUAUCAAUCUGGCUUUAAAAAGCUGAGGCUUUUGGGAUCCCCGUUAGCAUUCGCCAACCUCGCCAACCACGCGUUAUAUGUCAUUACAGAAGCUGGAUCUAAGCUUAGCGUGACGUACUUAUGCAUUAAAUGUUAUGAGCUUGGUCGGGUUAUCCUUCAGCCAACGCUACCUGACGAGGGCGUUGAACAUAUCGCGGUAUGACUACCCCGGUAGAUGCUGGGCUGGUCACCGUCCCACGCCCAUCACUGUUGGAUACACUAAACGUCAUCAUGCGAGACGGUUGGGCCCACUCUCCGUCUGAUGGUUAUUCGACGUCGUGCUAGUACUUACUGCAUCUUCUGACCCAAAAAGCAUUUGUGCACAUAGAUGGCUUUUACUCUGCUGCCGAUUAGAGUAUACAGACAGUAUACACACCAGGACUUCAUACACAAGGGCUAUAGAAUGCGCGAGGAGCCACAGAGAAGGAAGCCGAAAGGCACACUUCCCAAUUACGUGAGAGGCGCCGGUAAUAUAGGAUUUCGGAGGGGUGUAUGCCAGAUGCGUGUGUUGGUUGUGUGGGGAUGUGUUGUGAUGUGUUUGUGUCCGUGGUGAUUUACCGCGGGAUUUGUUGAAGACGCAUUUAACUUGAUGGGCUCAUGCGGUGAGUUAAUGUGCGUGCAUAGUGCGGGCUGUGAAGGCGGGUGUAUAUUAGGGCUCCCGGUACUGGUGCACCGGCUACAGUGCGAUAGAUUCGUAAAUGACCGAACUGGUCGGUGAGUUAGGUGUAUGUGCGAUAGCUAUCAGGACAGGUUGGGACGGAACCCACAUCGUUAGAGGUGGGGGUGGUGUUAAUGGUGGACGGGACGUCAGGGCGUUUCGGUCGGUGGCGGGGUGGUAGAGACGCUUGUGGUCGUCGUGGCCGCGGUGAUUUUGGUAGAGAUGAUAAAGGUGGUGGUAAUAGACAACGGUGGGACCUGGGGAUCCGGUGUAACAGUGGUGAGGGUAGUCGGCGCGGGGGUUUGAGCAGGGGCAGUCGUGAAGGCAUCGGUUGCGGUUGUUGGGCGGUUGGCGCAUUGGGUCCGAAGAUGACCGUCCAGGCCGGUCGCAUGCAGAAUGUUGGUUGUCAGCUCAGGCAUGUCAGUUAGGGUUGAAAGACGAUGUUGCGGGUCGGGGCACUUGAGACUCGCGAGCUGCUCUCUUGGUUUGGACGGCGGCGAUCCGACUUGCUUCGUAGAUGGCUACACCAGUCUUCUCUGCUCUUUUCCAGGCCAGUCUGUUCCAGACGGAACUUUCCAGGUCUCAGAGUUGAUUUGCAGUCGCUGCAGAGUGUCCUUGUGGCGGCGUUUUUGUCCUCCCAGUCGGUGAGCUCUCAUAGCGACAUCUUCGUAGAAGAGUCGUUUGGGCAAUCGUGCAUCGCCCAUCCCCAUCAACUAGCCGCUCCAUUGCAGCUGAAGUUGCCUUAGGAUGGCGUGGAUGCUGAGAGUUUCGGCCCGUUCCAGGACUUCUGUAUCCGGUAUCCUGUCCUGUCAUCUCAGCCGUAGUGUUUUGCGAAGGCAGCUAAAAUGAAAGUGAUUGAGCUUCCUGGCGUGGCUGGAGUUGACGGUUCAGGUGUCCAUUUCGUACAGAAGUGUCUUUAGGACGACAGCAUUGGUCAGGCGGGGUCCGUGGUGGUUUAAUACUGUGUUCUGCAGCCGGCCGAAGGAUUGGCUGGCUCUGGGUAUCUGAUGAGUCGCUUCGUCGUCGACUUUGAUGUUGCAUGAAAAUGUGAUGCCUAAGUUGGCGAAGUUGCCCGCAGUCUUCUCUUCGUUGCUGUUAACGUGCGUUCGAGGAACACUGUAUGUAGCGUUGGGUGGCGGUCGGUGCAUAACCACCGUUGCGUUCUUGUUAAUGGUCAUUCCGAUUUUGGCCCACCCAUCGACGAACAGGUCCAUGCUCCGUUGAGUGCACAGGCGUCCUCCACGAGCGGGUCGUGGAGAGAGGCGUUGAGGCCUCACGCAUCGGCUGUUGAAAUGUUUGUCGAUUCCGUAGGCAGUGCUGGUCCCUGGGCGCUCAUCACGGUAGGCGCCUAUCAGGAUGGCAGAGGACAUGAGGCUGAAGGGUGUGGGAGCGAGUACGCAGCCCUGCUUCACUCCUUUGGUUUUUGAAAAUGCGUCAAAGAAGAUCCCACUGUCUUUGGCGUGCGCCAUCAUCCCUUCGUGGAGCUUACGUAACAUGUGCGCGGAUCGCUCACGACAGCCGAAUUUCUGUAUGAUUUUCCCCAGUCCUUUGCUAUUCAUCAUGCCAAAGGCUCUCGUCAAGUCCACGAAGGUAGUGUAAAGGUGAGUCUGCAUUUCCUUUAAUUUGUCCUGCAUCUGGAUGGAGGCCGCGGUGUCGUCGGAAGCCACACCGGCCUUCCGAGAGAAGUCCUUUUUCGGGAUGCCCAUUGAGACGACUGAGGAGGAUGGGAGCGAAGAUCUUUCCGACGACUUAAAUAAAGAUAUUCCUCCGUGGUUAUCACAGAUUUGUCGUUUGUCUCCCAGUUUGUAGAGGUGAACGAUUGCCGCAUCCUUGAAAUCCUGGGGAACUUGUCCGUGACGCCAAAUCUUUUGAGAUAGCGUUGUGAUUUGAUCCAUAAGCUGGGGUCCGCCGUGCUUGUAGCCUUCUGCCGGAAUCGCGUCAGAUGGUGCAUGACGUGGAUUGUUUCCUAGAGAGAAGGUGGCACAACUAAGUCGUCAUUUGUUUCCACUCGGGGUAGUCGGGGGAUGGCGGCGCCGGAGAUUGCGCAAGGGAUGCUGAAGACAUUUCCGAAGUGCGCGACCCAACGCUUCAGAAUCUGUGAAUUCUCCGUCAGAAAAGUUGUUCCAUCGGAGGUGAGAAGUGGCGCGGUUCCUUUAGUUUGGAGACCGUAUGUCGCCUCGAGUGAUGCGAGGUUCGUGAGUUCAUUGCGGUCGGUAUAACCCUGGAUUUCUUCGGCCUUGCGGAUCAUCCAGGCGUCCGGCAUCUCCCUCAUUCGAUGCUGCAGAAUGCGACGAUAGCAGGAGAGGGCCGCCUUGUUUGCGGCGGUUUGAUGGCUCAUGUAGGCUUUGCGCAGCCGGUGCUUUUCAGCGAACAGCUGACUGAUGUCUCCGUCGGAUCAGUCCUUUUGUUGGCGAUUUGCACAACCGAGGACGUCUAAAGCGGCGGAGUGGAUAGCAGCCCGCAGUUGACACCACCGAGUCGUCACGGCGGCGUUGUCUAGGUCCGACAGUUCCCUCAGGUGCUGGGCUAACUGAUUGCUAAAAUGUAAAUGGUAAUCAGGCAGACUCAUUCACAGUAUACUAUCACACAGAUGUACAGAUGUCCCCUUACCCAUUUUGUCUGCGAUUUGGACCCUCGAUCCGGCACCACAGUCCAACGCCUUGCAUCGUACACAGUCAGACAUACAGCCAAGUCCCACACAUGUGCGGUGAUCUCCCUUGCGAUCGCAGUUGCUUCUAUUUGUCAGUAUAGCUUGCUUGUUGCUGCCCACGAGGGCCUUGCCCAUCCAAUGUGGCAAUGGAUUUUCCGAACUCGUCAUCACGGACUGUUAAUCCGCCAAAAUUUUGCUUUAUAUCAUGCGUAGAAGCACUCCUUAACGCGGUCAAUGUCUUCAAUUGCUCUCAGUUUGUCUCGUCUUCCACAAGGGACGCAUUUUAGCAAUCUCAAACUGUUGUUUCGAGCACUUAGUACUCACGAAUUUCACCUACCACGAUUGUUUCUCUGUUUAUAGCUGACCAUGCACCUCACUAGUUCUAGCUGAAUAUGCUCCUAUACUUACCUCAUAGAUCGAAACAGGUGUGCUGGCUUUUCUGUGUGUUAGACGUAUUACUGCAUGUUGGUCGGUUAGUUUCCCCCUCAUUAAAACGGCUACUUUUAACUUGUUUGCUGUCACCAGAGCCGAGAGUAAUAAGGACCAAGAAGUCUCGUCACACGAUUACUGAUUACUUGUUAUGCGGUUGCCUAUUUGAGUCGUAGAACGGACCGCCAAAGCAAACGAAACGACCAUCUCCGCCCCCCCUCCCCAGUAGGCAUAGCCUGAUGAUUACAACUUAUGUGUGACUUCGAGUACCGACCGAUUUUGCCUUCGAGCAACUGCGUCCUUCCACUGAGCAACUUUAACUUGUCUUACAGGUCCUAUAGAAUGUUUCCCGGUGAUGAGCUUGGUCGCGGUGAGUCAAAGGUAUGUCACCAGUUCUAAAUUUUUUAUGGUAAACUCAUUUCUUCCCUGCCGACGCUUAUUUCCCUUCGAAAAGACUGUUUCCGUACAUUCAAUACACUUAAAUCUGCCCAAGAUCCGCUGUGUAGUCCUAGUUCCACGGCAUCUACCGUUUGUUCUCAGUCCCCUGUUCCUUUUUUUCACACCAAGAGGCUGUGUCGGACUGAGUGAUGACUUCCUUCGAAAGCAUAAUCUCACUCUUCCGCGUGCAGGUAGUGAAACAAACGCUAGACGUCUGUAAUUCUUUAUUGUCACAGCAGUCCUAUAAUUGCUGGGAGACGACAGCACCACCAAGCCAUCUUUUUGACGCUGGCCGUAGGUAUGAAUAAUAUAGACCACCUUUAAAUAGAUUCGCACUUUCUGUGUAAGAGAUGCUGCAUUUCGUGCCACAUGCUCGCUCUCAUCGCAGGUUUUCUGCUGUUCGGUCCCUCGCUCCCAAUCUCUUGGAAAAUACUAUUCUUAAUGCAUUUACUAUAUCUCGGGUCAGCUCAGUGUUACACAACCACUUCAUACCGUUUAUUACGUGAAGUGGCCUCUAUAUUUUGUGAGAGUCAAACCUUUCAGGAAGCAUUUAGUGGCACACUGCUGACUAUGCGUUUUGAUGCGUUCUUAUGGCUCUGUUCUUUUUUUUUUAACUUAGAAGGAGUCCGCAUGUGGGUUAUUCAACGAUAACCAGUUUUCAGCAGUCUGUGUUGGCCAUUGAUAAAAUUGGUGGUCCAGUGUUCGUAGACUACAGGCUAUAAGACUUUCAGCCUACUGGAUGUCGACAGAUGGGCCCAUGUGUCCGAAUAAUGAGGACGCGCCCGAUAAGAUCGGCGAUAGGCUGGUGAAUAAUCCGCAAUACAGUCAGCGACCGAUCUCAUGAAAUGUUAACUAGAAUUCUAAAAUUCGUUGUUGAUUAGGAAGCAUUACUGAAGUGGGGCUAUAAGAUUCACUUUUUUCCGACAUAAUCCCCUGAUAUUUCAGACACGUUGGAUUCUUGACUUCUGAAUGUACUUCUUUUCGGCCACUUGCAAAAACUACACUCGGUAAAAAUGACUGCUUAAGUAGUACACAUUCUCAUACUCGUUUUUCGACAGCCCUGUAAGUUCAAGUAUAUUUCAUUAAAAACCUCCGUGAAAUAUUAUUUCUUGAACUGAUUUGGUAGCAAAUCAUGUGUUCAAGUUCCAUACGUGAAGAAAAGGUAUCUCUUCGUAUCAGAAAGUUUCUUCAAUUAGACUAUUUUUGAACCCGAUCUGCCACUGCAUUUUUGCCUAGGGUUAUCCUUUUUCAAACUUUAUUCCUUCCUUGCAAGGGAAAACGUAUUCUUUCAUGCCCUUAGGAAAAUAACACGUUCGACCCAUAAGAUUUUGCGAAGAGUGUAAACUAUUUUGCAUACCUAAUUAGGAGUGUUAUUAGACAGACAGAUACGAUGCUAUGUGGAUGAAUAUUGCACGGUCUUAAUAAAUCUCAAAAUUUGAACCUUUUUUUUCAAAACUGAAUGAUAUCUUUUCCUCGAACAUAAAGUGUGAAGAAGACAUGAUUUGAAAAGUCAGUUCGGCAAUCACGGCUUUUCGAUGAUUUAUCGUCAGGCCAAUUCAAGUAUAUAGAAAUUGAAGGUUCACAGGGUUUAUAAGUGACUCAGGGGCUAUUUAACACCCAUCGUUUUCACGCCGCCCGUGUGACGAGGUCGGCGUGUUAUAAUCAUUGGAGAAGAGGGGGGGGGUGACUGGCCGCGAGGGAUACUUGUAAGUCGGGGACGCGGAGUACACAUCACUGUCACCAGGGGGCUGGGACAGCGUGCAACAACCAUAUGGGAUCGGCGUCGGCCACGGAAGACAGAGCGCCUGUUUGAACGUCUUCUGACAACAUAGCUAUGGAUUCGCUCGUUUGUGAGUUCACAAACACGCGCUACCCCUACGUUCAAUCUUCGCCCUGGUCGAAAACCAGAGUCGCUGCAAAGUUAUUUAUACCCUCGAUGUCCGAAGGACUCCUUUGAGUUUGUCGAGACUGUCAAGAAUAUUAACGUUGACGAACGGAGGAUGCUAUCACCAGACCUACUUGUGGCAGAAGCACUAAACUACCUCUGUGACGUGAACCACGAUACGAACUACCCGACAGACUCAUUUACUCAUUCACUUGCGUAUGCGGGGCGAGAUACAUUAGCUGUAAAACAAGACGUCUGGAAAAGUGAGCACGUAAACACACUUCAACCUGGCCUGGCAGAGGUGACAACAGAUCGAUUUCGAAUUUUACUCUGGACGUCUUGUCGAUACGAAUCACCAAUUCGAUGUCAAAGAAGCCUCUCCGGUUGUCUACCGGACACCAGCAAACUUCUCCAGAGGCCCACACCAGCGGGUGUUAACUACAGCCGAAGCAGUGGCUAAACAGGUAACGAAUCCAGUGCUAUUAUGUCAGAAGGCGUCAACGCAGGCGCUCCGUCUUCCGUGGUCGACGCCGAUCCCAGAUAGUUGUUACACGCCUCCCCAGCUCCCUGGUGACAGUGAUAUGUACUCCGCAUCGCUCACGGCCUAUGCCACUCCCCCUCCCCCCCAGUGAUUGCAACACGCCGACCUCGUCACACGGUUGGUAUGAUGAGUGUUAAUAGUCCCUGGGUCACUUAUAAACCCUCUGAACUUCUCAUAUCUUCAAUUUCUAUGUAACUGUAUUGACCUGAUGAUGAGUUGCCGAAAACUCCCACAGGCCAAAUUGGAAUAUUCACAGAACUUAAAACUUGAUUUACUACCAAAUGUGUACAAGGAGUAAUAUCCUUGUGCAUGUCGUCUGCAAAAUACUGUGGAAUGAUGCGUACUACUUAAGUAUUCAUUUUUGCCGGGUACGGUUUUCGCAAGUGGCCGAAAAGGACCACAUUCAAAAACCAACACCCUAACGUGUCGAAAAUUUCACGGGAUUAGGUAGCAAGGAAAUCAAUCUUAGAGCCUCAUUUAAGUAAUCCUUCCUAAUCGAGAACGCAUUAUAUAUGCGGGAGAGGUGGGUAUUGUGGAUCGACCCUGACUGUGAGACUGAUGCACGUAGCCGUGUCCGAAUUCAGCAUUGUCCACUGCAGACAUCAGGGGCAUACAUCGGACAUAACUGCCUAUUCGUAGUGCCAUUAUAUUUUCAAGCCGGAGGAGAGCGCUGCUGUAAAUUCGAACCGAAUCUGCCUUUUAGGGCGGCGGCAAAGGUGGUUCUAUCCGCGACGCGGGUGGUUCAAUGGGAAAACGUCAGGCCGCCUUGGAAGAGGAGUACUUCCACCGAAAGGUAGGUCAUUUCGGCGCCUUCCUAUAUCUCCUUUCUCAUACAGAACAAGGAACAGCUUGAAGCAAUGAAGAAGCAUUUGCAAGCUGAGAUGAAGUUCCACGAACAACAGAUUCAGCUCCACAAGGUAUGUAUUGUUUCCCUUUUUUCAUUUCCAUUUAAGCACAUAUGACAUAUGCGUUUUUUUAAAAAAAAACUGCUUUUUUGGUAGUCUUUUUUUUUUCUGACAAUUAACUUCCGCAGAUUGAACUCACGACCUUCAGAAAUUGAGCCAAAGCUAGUACGAGGCCGUAACUGGCGGCGUAUCAUUAUUCACUCCACACCGAUACUCCCGAGAGAGAAGAGUUUAUUUUAUGAGCGUGGCAUUAUGCCAAGUCAACUUAAUGUCCUUUAUCUGCCUGCACAUAUAGACAAGUUUCUUCAGACAUAGCACUGCCAGGACUUUGACGACUAGCAGCUGCUCUUUUAUUCUCUCGCAAACAGCCCCGAGGAGGCGUUUGCGCCAAGUGGCAAUCACUCUCUCGCAUACAACUGUCUGUUAAAUCUGCUUAAUCGUGCUGAUUUGUACUCCAAGAGUCUGAGAGUUCCGUCAAACGAAACUGAUGCAUCCGGCGUUUACAGUUUCGUGAUUCUCCCACGAUUUAUUCGCCACCUCAAUUUUCUGUGACACGUGCAUUUGUGUGCCGCAUUCGCUGAUUGCACCACAUCUUCGGGUGACUAAUCUGUCGAAAAUGCAGUGUAGCGGAUAUGCACACCUUGCUGAUAAGGCCUGGGCUCUGCGGCGUUAGGCAGCAGUCGCCUAACCUGAUUCCGACCUAAGUUGAGGAUUCCUAAAAACCGUAAACGGUUGUUGUCUCUGUGCUUACCGGGUAGUGCUUCUGAUGUGAUAGGAGAUUAUUCAAUGAAAGGCUGCGGAUUGCCGACUAAUCUGACGCGAUCAUAACGAUACGACCCACCGACCAAACUGAGCGCGCAGUCCGUCCGCCUAAUAACUGCCGCCUGUUGCCCUGUUGUGGCCAAUUCCUGAUCUGAAUUUUAUUCUUCACGCCAUUUAGAAUCGUGACCUGCGGUAUUUUUCCAAAAGUCCUUCAGUGGGCUUGGAACAACCACGUUAUUGACUAUGCAGUAUUCGCGUUUUUGAUGUCUAGUCAAAGUGUAGCAGCUGCAUUCUUCCCGUUUAAUGCCUCUUCGAAUUUUUGCCGUCUUUUAGGCUGCUUUGGAGCGCCAGAAGAAGUCGCUGGAAAAACUGGACGACGAUUAA